CUCGCUGGCUGGGGUGGCUGGGACCGUUAGCUCGCCAGGCUGGCAGGCUCCGGGCCGCGGCGCCACCAGCGGACGCGAUGGAGACGAUGCGAGCACAGCGGCUGCAGCCCGGAGUGGGCACCGGCGGGAGGGGCACUCUGCGAGCGCUUCGGCCCGGAGUGACUGGGGCCGCGGCGGCCACCGCCACACCCCCUGCGGGCCCCCCACCNGCGCCGCCGCCCCCCGCGCCACCCCCGCCACCCCUGCUCCUGUCCGGGGCCCCCGGGCUGCCGCUGCCCCCGGGCUCUGCCGGCAGCCCAGCGGUGCUGCGGGAAGCCGUGGAGGCGGUGGUGAGGAGCUUCGCCAAGCACACGCAGGGCUAUGGCCGAGUGAACGUGGUGGAGGCCCUUCAGGAGUUCUGGCAGAUGAAGCAGUCCCGCGGAGCAGACUUGAAGAACGGGGCUUUGGUGGUUUACGAGAUGGUCCCCUCCAACAGCCCUCCUUAUGUCUGCUAUGUCACUCUGCCUGGGGGAAGCUGCUUCGGGAGUUUCCAGUUUUGCCCCACAAAAGCUGAGGCCCGGCGGAGUGCUGCAAAGAUUGCACUGAUGAAUUCUGUGUUUAAUGAACAUCCUUCCCGAAGAAUCACUGAUGAGUUCAUUGAGAAGAGUGUCUCUGAGGCCCUGGCAUCUUUCAAUGGCGACAGGGAGGAAGCUGACAACCCAAAUACAGGGAUUGGUGCCUUCCGAUUCAUGUUGGAAUCCAAUAAGGGCAAGUCAAUGUUGGAGUUCCAGGAACUAAUGACGGUUUUUCAACUGCUACACUGGAACGGCAGCCUUAAGGCCAUGAGGGAAAGACAGUGCUCUCGGCAGGAAGUGCUGGCUCAUUAUUCACACCGGGCCCUGGAUGAUGACAUUCGCCAUCAGAUGGCGUUGGACUGGGUGAGCCGGGAGCAGAGUGUGCCGGGCGCGCUGUCUAGAGAGCUGGCCGCUACUGAGCGCGAGCUGGACGAGGCCCGGCUGGCAGGCAAGGAGCUGCGCUUCCACAAGGAAAAGAAGGAUAUUCUCCUGCUGGCUGCUGGGCAGCUGGGCAAUAUGCAUUCCUCCAACUGCUAGGCGUUCGCGCACUGACUCCCCACCCUCUGCAGGCUCUUUUUGAUCAUGUCUUUUCUAAGACUUCAUGUGAUUUCUGUACAUACUUUCUCAAUUUUAUACUUUAAAAUAUAGAUUAUAUAUAUAUAUAUAUAUAUAUGUAUAUGUAUAAAUGCUACACUCGGAUCCCGAUUUGCUGAGAGACCCCUUUCCUUCUAGUUUUUGGGUGUCUGGAUGUCGUUUCAUUGGAAACCUCGCCAUCCCGCUAUGUAAAAGGAGCAGGCUGUCAUCAGGGCUUUGGUGGCUCUUACACUUCCAGCUCUGUGGAGUCAUUUCAACAGCACAAGAUGGUUGACCAAGUGUUCUUAUGAUCUAACAGGGGGUUUGAAUAAGGACUGUGUGCCCCGCCCUCACCCUCAUUCCUGCUUUCUCUUGGGACUCCAAACAGGGUAUGAGUAUGAAAACUUUGGCUUUAGUUUAUCUUGAAUUGGACCUACUGAGUACUGAGUUGUUCCUCCAGUAACUAGAUCUUUCCCAACCUACUCCCCACCCACCAGCACCCACCACCACCCACCACCACACUCCUCCUUUGCCUCCAAGUGGUACUUCAUUUUGAGGCUUCCUUUGUUAUUGGAAGGAAGUGGACAUCUGCUGUCUUAUUGUUAAAAUUAUUCCUGAGAAACUUCUCAGGAGGAAGAGAGGAAUUAUAAAUACAAAAGUAGGUGUUGAGCACCUAAGUUGUUUCUGGGCCAUGGAUACCAUACCCUGCUGGUAAUCCAGCUUUCCCACGUGUUCUUGCUCUAUAAGGAGUCAGCAUUGAAGCCUCUUAUCUUCCCAAGUUCCCUCUUCACUCCUCCCCUGCCCACCCAGCCUCACUGAGCCCUGUAUUUAAACCUUCCUGCCUGCAGAAAUUGGUAGAAGGGAACACAUAUUUCCCAACUCCCUCUCUUCCCUUCCUUUUGCUCUUUGGAAAUGUGAUUUGUCCUGUUUGGUGAGGGCUAUGUUCCUCUCCCACCAAGUUGCUGCUGUUUGCGACCUUAGAUGUCCAUAGAGUCACAGUUGUUUUCUCUCUUUUCUUUCUUCUUCCUUCAUGUUGGUUAUUAGAGCAGGAGUUGAUCGAGGAAACUAGAUGAGACUGGCAUUAUGGCACCUCCUAACUGGAACCUUGGGAGACCUCAGGAGGGAAAAGAGACUAAAUGAUCAACUAUUUGUGUUUUUAAGACUCUCCCCCUCCCACUCCCAGCCUCUCUCCUGGGUGAAAUAGGAGAGAAGUGAUCUGGGGUACAGCUAAAGCAUUUCUCUUCGGGAGAACUUUUUGUAGGUCUCUCAAAGACGUACUUUUCCAUUGUUUCUAUAAACUCCUUUAUACUAUAUGAUAGUUCAGUGCACAUUCUAAAAUGUGCUUGGGAAGCUUCUUGUUUCUGAAAGAUUGGACUUUCUAUGAUUAUACACUUUGUUUUUAUAAAUAGGUUACAAAAUAGGCCACAAUUUGCUCUUUUGGACCAGAUAGGGAUAAGAUGAAACUCAGCUUUUUUGCUUUUGAAAUCAUCUUGGUGAUCAGUAUGUAUGGGAUCAGUAGUAGGGAAUCUAGCAACUGUUUUAGUGCUUGAAAAGGGCCUCUGGGAAUUCUCCAAGCCCCAUUUCUGUGUACCACAAAGCAUACAUAGUGUUGGAGUAGAGGCUCCUAUGUUCAACAACAGGUAUGUCUAUCUAGUUUUUAUUGAUAUUUAUAACCCAGAAGUCAUAAACCCUUAUUUCUCCUAUGCUCCUUUCUCCAGGAAGUGUGAAGGGGUGUGAGUUGUGGGAAGAACUUCUUGCACCUCCUGGAUUAUUUUUCUCAAAUAACAACCAGUAAGAUCUCAAAUAACUGGAGAAAAAUUGUUCCCUGAUCUGUCCAUUUUCAUUGUUAAAGACUUUACUUAUCUUUUUACUACUUUCUAUGUAUAUGUAUAAUUUUAUACAAUUAAAAAUAGAUUUUUGUCUAGUGAGCCAC